AUGCCACCUCCACCACCGCCAGUGCCAUCGCAAUACGAUCCGAAUGAGAUGCAGUACAAUAUGACUGAUACGGAUCGUCAAAUGUCUGGUAGUGAAAUGCCCUAUUUUGUCCGUACAGAUAGUGCUCCAAAUGCUCAUGGCUUACCAAAUAGUCUGCAUGAUGCAAGCAAAACAAAUAGUUAUUCGUCGAUGAAAACGCCAAUUGAGACGUCAAAAUCCAUGUCUAGAUCCAAACUUAUGCGUUCUUUAGAUGAGAGCUCCGAAGACAGCAUUGAUAAUGGCAGCUACGUGACAGACAAGAUACAGGGUGGUCUGAAUGAAGGCAUUGGUUGGUUUCAUGCUAAGAUUAAAGUCGAGAACUCGAUUCAUUGGGCCAACAAUUACAAGAUCCAGUGCUGCAUGUUUUUUAUUUUUAUCUGCGGUGCAGCACUGACUGUCGCUUUUGCGGACAAUGACGCCGAUGCUUCGGUUGGUCUUGUUGCUGGGAGUGUCAUCACGCUCUUUUGUUGUUCCGCGGUGGUAUAUACGUUCCUGACACGUCCGACGUGGCGAAAACACCCCAAUCCUAUCAUUUUCUUCCGCAGUAUAUGCGAUAUCUGUCUAGUGGCAGUACUACUCAUUACGGAGCUGUACAAGUGCGGUAGGGGUGAUUGCUUAAACUCGCUUACAGGUGCUUCCUGUACGGCAACUGCUGCGCUUACACAGUUUUUUCUCUGGACGUCGGAGAGUUGGUUCUUUGUCAUGGCCAUUGACAUGUUGUCGUCGCUGCAAAGUCCGUUUACAGAUUACAAGGGCAACGUUCGCCGGUAUCAUGGCUUUGUAUGGGCGACAGGUCUCAUUACGUGUAUCUUGCUUGUGUCGAUUCCCGAUUUCGCUGGCGCGUCGGAGUUUGGAUACUGCUGGACAGCUAGCAAAAGCAAACUGCGGGGUGAAGAUGGUAGCGAUAGCUCUGGCCCAAGCGAAACGGGCAACCUUUGGAACCUCAACUUUCAGUCGUGGCUGCUUUUCUACAUCUGGCUCAUUUUGUACUGGGUCUAUGCCAUCACUGUUAUCUAUUGGGCGUAUCGACGCCUCAACUCUGGUCUAUCGGAGACAUUGCGUAUGCGCCUUCGAGUGCUGCAUUCGGUUACGAUUUAUGUGAUCGCCAUUAUUAUCUACUGGGGGCUUUCUUUUUGUAUUUACGUGCCGUUCUUGGUUCAAGGCGACGACCGAUCGAAUGAACGAUUUCCACGACGCUUUAAAAAAGGCAAAGGAAAGAAAGCUGAUGUUGAUGUUGAUGUGGAUCUGAGCCCUCAGGUGAAUCUUGCUUUGCGUUGUGAAGUGUUGUACUACACAACGACAGGCAUCAUUCAGGCUGUACGCGACACACAGCACUUGCCACCUGGAGCUAACCAGCAGGAAUUGUAUUUGCAGCCACAGGGUACAGAGGACAACCGCGGAUCGCUUGGUGUAGAUGAGUACAUGAUUCGUACACGGCCGAAAGCUGCAUUGGGGAAGGGUACGUUAUUUAUUGACUAUUGCCCCCACACUUUCCAGACGAUUCGCGAACAUUUUGGGAUUGAUACGAACCAGUAUAUUGAGAGUCUGAGUCGGACAACGAAGGAACGACUAAGUGAAGGUGCAAGUGGAGCUUUUAUGUUUUUUUCUCAUGAUCAGCAGUUGAUUGUGAAGAGUAUGAGCGACGAGGAAUCGGUUUUCUUGCGCUCGGUUGCUGCAGAAUAUGCUUCGUUUUUGCUUACGAACCCAGACAGUCUCUUGACGCGAUUUUACGGGUGCCACGCGAUUCGAUUGUAUGGCAACACGUUUAAUUUCGUCGUUAUGGCCAAUUUGUUUAGCACGGAAAAGGUGAUUCAUCGUCGUUACGAUAUUAAGGGUUCAUGGGUCAACCGCAGUGCUAAGCACCCGUCCAAGGGAAAGCGUGUCACGUGUCGUCACUGCAACGCGAAAUAUGUUUUUGGUUCGACGGAUGCAGAGAACUGUCGUGCGCGAGUCGGCCGCCACGAGCCGAAUGUGAUUUUGAAAGACAAUGAUUUGACAGCAAAGGUUCGCUUGGAUCCGAAGGUUGCCGAGGAACUGUACGAUCAAUUGGUAAAGGAUGCAAAUUUCCUGUCACGCUUAGGUAUUAUGGACUACUCGCUUCUGUUAGGAAUCCACAAUGUGGAGUACAUGGUGAAUCCGGAUCUAGAGGAAGAGCCUAUGAUUCCGCCAAAAGAUGCUGUCGGACCGAGACGUCGUACCACGAACAACUCGUUCAUGCUGGGAUCAAAUGCACCCAUUAGGGAUUCAAAGCCUGGUCUUCCACGAGUUGCAACGGGAACACGUCGGGCAAAUACUGUGGUUGGUCCAUCCAUUUACUACUUCGGGCUCAUUGACAUCUUGCAGACGUGGAACAUGGACAAGAAGUUGGAGCGUUUUGCGAAGACGAGGUUGCUUGCGAAGGACCCGGAUGGUCUAUCAGCUAUUCCUGCUGCUGCGUAUUGUGAGCGUUUUAAGCGCAAGAUGGGUGAGAUUUUGUCUGUAACAACUCGAGAUGAGUACACGGAAUUUUACGUGGGCGAGCGGAGAAGGAGCAAUAGUGGCAUUGUGGAUGCAGACUCCAACCGGCGUUUUUUUUAA